AUGCUAGCCCGAAGAGAAAAGAAGAUCGUCGCUUUGCAAGAAAGCAGAAAGAAGAAAAAGAAAAACCCAUAUCCCAUGGUUGGACCGAAAAGAAGAAAGCGUGCCAACCAAAAGAAAGGCGAGAUAGUCGUUGCAGCCUCUGAAGUACUGCCAGAACCAGAGCCAGAGCCAGAGCCAGAGCCCGAAUCACCUUCAGAGUCAGAUGUGGAGUCAUGGCUAGAGCUAGAGUCAUCAAAGCCAGAGCCAGAGCCUCAACCAAGUACAGGUCUCACACUUGAUCAACUUCCUUACGAUAUCGUGUACAUGAUCAUCUCUGAACUUUGGGCCAGCCUCCCACCAUAUGUGUAUGAGUACGCGUCCGGUUUGGAACAUCAUUCUCGGUCCCUCUGCCCUAUCUGGCUCAGCACCAAGGGUGCCUGUACUAGAUGUAGUUACCGCCAACUCCUCAAACUCCCUCUCAUCAGCCGUAGCUUCUACCAUGCGGCCCAAGCGCAUAUAUUUAUAUACACACCCCUCGCUCUGCACUAUUUUCCCCGGCUCUGGUCCCGCUGCCUCAGUUUUUGGGGUAAGAAAUCCAACCGCCCCGUCUUGGACCGUAUCCAAAGGCUUCGUAUCGACAUCGACAUGAAGGCACUCAGCAGGUAUUGUACAAAUGACGCAAAACCCAGUGAGUGGGAGGAGAGGAGUCAGAAGCUACUGGAAGAAAUGGAGCGGUUGGGACAAAACCUUACAAGACCUAUGGCGGGUCUGCCAGCCUUGAAGGGGCUGGAUGUCCGGAUACAGACCUACCCAUGUUGGCCCAUCUCGCCCAACCUUCUAGAUAUUUUAGAUCAGUUUAUGACUGACUUACAAACCGCAUUCGUGUGCGGCCAUUUUGUCGGUCUAAGAAGUCUGAGAUUGAUCGUUGAUGCUAACUAUCUCGUCCCAAUUCUGCGUAGCGUAUUGGCGUCGAAGACUUGCUCGAUGCUUCGAUCUUUUUCUUGCUGCCAGCUGCCUGAAUUUUCCCGUCCACAGCCUCUGAGGCGAAUGGCAGUUUACACCAACGGACGGUUGAUAGUCCAUGGACCUGGCUCAGAAGAUCUAAUUGUCGGUGUUGUUUCAAGCUGCCCUCAGCUUCGGAAUCUUUCGAUCCCCAGCCGGGCCCUGUUCCACAAGAACCUCAAAUUACAUCCCGAGAACAAGGGCUUGGAUAGGCUAUUUGUUGUAGGGAACAUGAAUACAAUCCGUGAGGCUGAAAAGAUUGCCUCCAUAAAGAGGCUAACCCCUUUAAGAGGCAUUGAGCUGGAAGAAAACACUGAACAGAGAGCUAAUACAGAACAGCAAUACUUUUCAGUGAAGAGCAUAGCAAGGUUACUCGGACGCGAAGUGAAGAAGGUCGAUCAACGCGGCAUUGUACUUGGGGCACCACAGUGA